UAACAACCCAGUCCAGUGCUGUCUUAUCAACAGUUAGUUAGUGCAAGAUGAAGCUCUCCAGCUGGUCUGUAGUAUUAUUUAUCACAAUUCCUCCACUUUUUAUUGCACAAACCAAUGGAGACUUCCCGUCAGGUGCGCAUCAAGCUGUACGAUGUAUGCUGGCCUACAAGUCUCAUGAAAACUGUGCUUCCCUACCAAAGGUGAUUGUGCCAAGUUAUCUGUUGCAAGAAUACAAUGACAGCCCUUCAUCCCUACAAGAGGCUCUUAUGAAGACUACUCUCAAUCGACUUCCUGAGAGUCUUGUCUCUAACAUACCAACUAGUCUUCUCUACCUCAUCCCUAGAGUGAGGCUGGCAGAUUUGACAAUUAAUCAGCUGAUAGCUAUCUUGCAAACACAUGCAGAUGAUAAGAGUUUGGUCCACCAAGUGGCAACUUGUCUCCAGCAUGAUAACAACAUGGUCAAGUUUAUUGAAAAGAUUAAUGGUUCUAUACCAGAAGAAGCCCUGCAGAUUUUGGCAGAGUCGAUGGAGAUCACAGAUUUAACAGAGGAUUUUCUUAAGUUACCUUUUAUUGAAAACAAACCAUUGUUAGCUUAUCUAAGGCCAGCAGUGUUGUUAAACGUUGAAACAACCACAUUGUACUCCAUAUACAAUGUUCUUCGAAUGGCAGAAUCCAAGCCACCUAAGAAACCAGCAUUUUACUUUCUUACUGAAGCUGCAAUAAAGCAUAGAGCUCCUCUCUCCAAGCUAAAAGGAUUUGUUUUGGGGCUAAAUCCAGAUCAGUUGUUGAAUGAAAACAUCUCCUUUGAUGUCUCUGUGACAGAUUUCAGAUUAGAUCUUUCUCUUCUCCAGGCUCGGGCACUGUUUGAGAGAUCCUACCAGAACUUGACCCUCAGUAGCAGCAAUUUCAUUGACUCAAAACCUCUUCUCUACAAAUUGUCUCCAGAACUGCUGCAGAAAUUUCCCCAGAAUGUUCAAAAAUAUGAAGUAAAUUUUAUUGAAAAAAUUGCAACAAUUCCUCUUCCCACAGCUUGUCAGAUCACAGAAUAUGUGAAAGCAGAUUGUAUCUCGACGAGAAGAUUGCCGAAAGAAGAAGAUGAAUUCUGGGAUACCAACAUUAAACAUAUGGGUAAAUGGGUUUACACUCUGCCCUUGUCAUCUUUAGAAGGCUACAGGACAAAUCCAUUGAACACUGCAAACCUCAAGAGAUUGGAAUCCCCAGCUAUAUCUCCUAUGCAGGCGUAUUACCUGACAGGGAGAGGGGAAGCUUUGGAUGUCACUGCACCCAACAGCAUCAGUGAUUUGGAGUCUUUCUUACAAGCCUUACCUGCAAGUCAACUGGUCAACCGGAAACUCGGAGAAAUCAGUUCUACUGUCAAGUUACACCUUGUUUCCAAACUUCCAGAAAAUAAUUUGGCACGAACUUUAUCAUUGGUGAACAAAAUUUCCUCAAGCAUUGGUGACCCUGUAGAUGAAACAGGUGGUGACAGCUCAGUACUAGAGGAACUGCUGGGGAACAGUGAUGUCAACCAGAUAAUGUCUUUGCUAUCACCGAAAGAUCUGGCUCUAUCUGCAGAGGCUAUCUUGAAAUUCUUUGCUGAUAAAAAACGCCAGUCUCUGUAUGGUGAAGUUUUAGUGCAGCUUCCUCAACAAAUUUUAACAGCACUAUUGGAACAUCAAAUGGCCCAAUCGAGUCAGUGGAGGUGGAGCAAUCUUUUGGAUCACUCUAAAGUCGGCAAUCUUCUGGUCGGAGGUCUAACCUGCCAACACAUUCAAGAUAUGGACACAGGGCUGUUCAUCCCUAUCAUGGCUCGUUAUAACACCAUCAGAAAGAAGCAAUUCCCAAAAAAUCUACAGCAUUGCUGUUUACAAAAGCUGAUAAAUCAUCUAAAGUUGAAGAUGACUCUAUCGCAGACUGAUUCUGAGUCUGGUUUGAUCUCUCUUUUGGAGCCCAUUGAAAUUGAAUCAAUUGGAGGUUUUGUUCUGGUUGACAUUCCUUUAGAAGCAAUGAAAGUAUCUCCCUAUCUUGGGCACAUUCUGUCUACCAUCGGUCACUUGUCCACCACGGAACUCAUGCUCUCAACUGACAUCACAAGACUGACACAAAUUGCUCAACUAGCCAUUGAAAAGGAUGGAAAUGUGAACACAUUUGUCCUUCGCAACCUUGUCUGGUUUCUACCUGCCACUGCGAACACCCCAGACCUGAGACUGAUGUUGGAGGCUCAGCUAAUCGACUCUACUGUCUGUCUACCGGCCGAACAAAGAAACAUUGUUGCUGCAAAACUAAUAUCAGCUUUUGGAUCACCUGAACAGUGGAGUGCAGGAGUGUUGGCAACUCUGCAAGACUUGCUGGUGGUGUUCAAUGAUGAAGAGCUAAACAGGAUCCCUCAGUCAUCUUGGACUAAAGCAGCUGACAGUCUCGUCUCUCACUACAAUGACCUUGUGGAUUGGGUCAACCCGUCCACUUUCUAUAAGGUUUGUGCCUCUAUACUAGGAGAAUUGGAGGAGAAUGAAUAUAAGAGUGCUUUAAGUAGAUAUACACGUAAGCACCUAACAGCUGCUCAGAGACUGCUGGAUUCAGUAGUUUCCUUGCCUCAAUCUGCUGAUAUUAAACAAAACUACAAGUACACUCCUGAAAACUUAUUGAGCCGAGAUGAUGGAUCAAAGGUUAUUCUUACAGUUUUCAAUCCCCAAAUGGAGACAGAAUUCACAGAUGGUGAUGAUGAGAGUGAAGUCAAUGACAUAAAUAGAGAAAGCAGCACAUCUGAAACCAGCACAAGUGAAGAAAGUACUAGUACAACAGAAACAAGUACAACAGAAACAAGUACAACAGAAACAAGCACACCAGAAACAAGUACAACAGAGCAAAGAACACCAGAAAUAAAUACAACAGAUAAAAGUACAACAGGAACAAGUAUAACAGAAAAAAGUACUACAGAAACGAUAACAUUAGAGCAAAGUACAAUUGUACAAAUUUCAUCAGUGCAAAGUACAAAUACAACACAUAAAAGUACAACAGGAACAGUUAUAACAGAAAAAAGUAGGCCUACUACAGAAACUAUUACAUUAGAGCAAAGUACAACUGUACAAAUUUCAUCAGCGCAAAGUACAGCUGCAAAAAGUGUAUCACAGCAAAGUAAUCUGCCAGAGAAAUAUUCUGAAGAUGAAAGUAAAACAAAAGAUAUUUCAUCAGAAAUAAGUAGAACUGCAGAAAAAUCUUCAACUGAGAAAAGUUUACCUGAUACACACACAGAUAUAGAGACCAAAAAUGACACUCAAGAAAAAUUUUCAACAAAAAUAAUCUUAGAAGAAAAUUUUACAGAAGAAACAUCAAUGACACUAAAAAUUGGAGAAAGUAAUGAAUCAGUCUCAAAUACCACAAUGGGAGUACCUGUACCUAUAAAUAGAACUACACCAUCUGUAAGCAAUACUAAUGUGUUUAAAAGAAAUUACACAACUAAACCAAGUGUUAUUUUACAUAGCAAUGCUAAUAAUACCAAUUAUGCACCUCUUUGUACCAAUUCAGUUAAUAAGGAUGAAUGUCAAAACAAAAGCAGCAAUUCAAAUUCAACUGAAAUUGAGACAUUUAUAAUAAAAACUACAACUGAAUCCUUUACAAAUGCACAAAACAAAACAUAUAAGCCUGAAAUUAACAUCAAUAGUACUAGUAGUAAUAAUUCUGACACUCAAACGUUUUCUAAAACAGAAUAUUUGAUUUCGGACAAAUUUAAUAGCUCAUCAUCUCAGAAUGCCUCUUUUAUUCCCGGAAAGAUGCACAUAGACCAAGUAAAACAUCAAAUUGCAGUUAAUACAAGUUUUGAAGAAGCCAAAUUCUCGUCCAAAACACAGAACAAUACUGUUUACAAAUACAACCUGAUCAAUAACUCUACUCCACCAUCUAAUAAAAGCAGUUCAGAAAGUACACUGAGACCCAAAAUUUAUCAUAUUACGGAGGAAAAAUACCACAGCAAUGUUCCUGGUGAACAUCAUAAAAAUAAGGAGUUUGAAGAUGAUAAAGAAGAAGAAGAAGAAGAAGAAAUAGUUGAAGAUUCUAGCAGCCAACAUGGAAUCUUAGUGAAUCCCAACAACGCUAGGAAAAAGAAAAGGAGUAUAUUCUUCCAUUCAAAAGAAACAAAGUUGUCGUGCAAUGCAAUAAAGAUGGUUGGAAGUCUAGCAGAGCUUACCCUGACUGCUGCAGACUUUAAUGAGAUGUUAGCCAGUGAAAUGGCUGAUUGUAGGGUGGAGUUUGGUGCAAUGGAACUUAGUGAAGCUAUCCAGAAGAUAAUAUGGAAGAGGAUGGAUAAUGAUCUGAAACUGGAUGGUAUAUACUUACUGGGCAAGUUGUUACGGGUCGUGACUGUAGCUGACUUAUGGGACAUCGACUUUCGUGCAUCUAAACCUUGGGUACUUGAAACUAUCCAUGCAAUAAUCCAACAUAACAACAACACAAUGUUGAUGAAGAAGUUAAUGGCUGAAGUUGUGAAGAACAACCCGGAGUUUUCUGUAGACUUGCUGGCCGUGCUAGGCCCUGCCGUGUGUUCCUUGGAUGUAGAAAGUCUGAGGGCCUUGUCUGUGGUAGGACUGGACCUUGGAUCAUCUUGUCCCUCUUGUCUAACCUACCUCGCCACCAGGGCCACAGAAGAGCUCGGAACUGUCCACUCAUGGACUCAGCACUUUGUAUACUCUCUACAGGCUAUAGUUGCAGGUUUAGAGUUGGACAGCUGGAAGCAAUUGGCAGCAUCUAGACACAAACCUCUAGCUGGACUCCGGCCCUCUGCUGUGAAGUGUCUCAAUGCUUCUCACCUAGAGGCCCUGAGUCCUCAGCAGAUAAGGAUGAUCCCAACAAUGACGCUCCUCUCACUUUCUGAUCACCAGCUGGCAGCACUGAACUCUGAGCAACUGGAAGCUGUCAGGAGUGUCACAAAUGAAACUGUAUCUGAGAAAAUGACACCAACAAAACAAAUCAAUGUAGCUGGGGUUCCAACUGGCAGCUCAAACCAAAUUCUACCAACUAUGUUACUUGUAAUGUUUAUAGCUAUUUUCAACUUGUUCUAAAAUCAAAUUCAAUCUGUUCAAUGUAACAAACAUUGAAAUCAGUGAAAUGGAAAUUUUAAAAGAAAAAAAUGUCCAAGACAACAGAUGUUUUCCAAGUAAUUUAGUCAUUAAUAGUUUUACAACAUUAUGAAUUGCACUGCACUGCUGUCGCUGACCAUGGACAAAUAAUUAUAAAAGCUUUUGGUAACUUUUAAUUAAGGAAUAACACUAUUUGAGAAAUACAUAUUUUUAUAUUAGGCCAAACAAGCAAUUCAAGCCAAGCCCAGUUAGUAUUAGUUUGUGAAUAAAAUAAUAAUUAGUCUGUAAAUAAUGUAUGUAAGAUGUAAAAAUAGUAUUUUAAGUUUUUACAAGUAUAUUUAUUUGUUUAGCUUUUGCUGCCUGUUGUUGAUUGGUUGAAUAAAUAUUUAUAGAAGUUGCACGGUUUUAAA